UUGGCCCGGCGAAAUAUGUUCAAUCGGAUAGAUGCGAGCAAAUCGACGAAAGGUGCGAGCAAAUUGCGAAGGGACCUGAUAAACGCGGAGAUCGCGAACCUGAGAGAUCUCCUGCCGCUACCGCCCUCCACGCGACAGCGGCUCUCGCAGCUACAGCUGAUGGCGCUCGUCUGUGUCUUUCUCAGAAAGGCAAAUUACUUCCAACACGUGUUAAAAAACGACCACGAAUCCACAGGCAUGCCAACACCCAACAUUGGAUUCUCAAAGGCCAUGUCCGGCUUCAUCAUGAUGAUGACUCAACAGGGCAAGCUGCUGUACAUAUCGGAAAAUGCUGCCGAGUACCUGGGACACUCGAUGGAGGACCUACUGAUCCACGGGGACAGCGUUUACGAUGUCGUGGACAAGCAAGACCACAUGGUUAUACAGAACCAGUUGGCUAGGAGCGUGCCGAGCUCGAGCGACGACCGGCGAUUGUUCCUCUGCCGCAUAAACGUGUCGCGGAACUCGCGCCGGCAGCUCCGUUUCGGGGAUCAAAAGGUCGUACUGGUGGAAGGGCAUUACUUGCCGUUCGUGCCGCUCUGCAAUCGCAACGAGUCGGUGUUUUUGGCGUCGUGUACCCCGGUCGUUUUGCCCGAAACGCGGGAGAGCGUCGUGCAGGGCGCGACGAAUAUCUUCACGACGAUACACUCGAUGGACAUGAAAUACCUGCACAUCGACAAAACCGCCGAAAGCCAUAUGGAAUAUAGUCGUUCGGAGCUCGUCGGUGUCUCCUGGUAUAACCUUCUCCAUUGGGAUAGUAUACGUACCGCGUACUGCAAGCACCAAACAGUUGUACAGUCCGAUCAGGAAAGAUCGGCAACGGCCCUGCUAAGGCUACAGAGUCGUUCUGGUCGGUGGUUUUGGAUUCAUUGCGUUUUACAAGUCAAGGACACGUCCGAAGAGUGCCAGCAUCCUAUUAUCGUUUGUACCAAUCAAGUAUUAAGUGAAAAAGAGGCUGAAAUAUUGCGCGCCAGUUCCUGGCUGUAUCAGUAUUCGUCGCAGACAAAGUUCACGUACGGCGUGUGUCCGACUAGUCUGCCUAUUACCGCGUCGUCGCAGCCAACGCCAACCCAAGCCCCCCAGCAACCGGUCCCUCAUCUGCCGCACGCGGACAUGGUCCCUUACAGUGCCGAAGCGACGGCGGACUACAACAACGGCAGGCCACACCUGCUCCCGAGUUUACCUUACAAUUCGCAGCAGCACGACAUACCCGAGCUUGGAAUGUCACCGUACCACCAGCCGAUGGACGAUGGGCACGUCGUCGCCCCCUGGUCCAAGGAACGCACGCACGUCAAGCAAGAACCUGCUGAGGUGUACAGCGACGCAAGUGUUCAUCGAGGGCCACCGCGAAAUCACCCAUCGGUUCACGGACCGGAGACCGAGACCGCCGAGCCUGUCGACAUGUCCAUCAACAACAGCGCGCCCGAGCCACACCACGAGCGACACCUCAUGCACCACUGCUCCAACACCAGUGGGGAGUACUGCCCGUGCAAGGCCCAUUUGCCGGUUGUCGAGCACAACAACAAGAGCCCGAACCGUGGCUCGUCCAUACCGUCGAGCGUGCCCUACUUACGUCCGAACAGCAAGGCGCUCUCCCACUACCUCUCUGGACAGCAAUCGCCGCAACGACACCACCACCAACACCAUCACCAACAGCAAGCGUCGCUGUCGCCGCAACAGCACCACCAACAAAUGUCACCGGUAAUGGCACCCAGCCCGGACGGCAACAACGGCGGCCUCAAGUACAACAUCGUCGAUUUGGACAAACUUGGGCACAAUCCGGCGCCCCCGGAGCCGGCCCACAUGUACGGGGGAGGACCGUCGCCACAUCACGCCGUUCACCCGCAGAAGCGGCACUCGUCGUUUCUCUUGCUCCAUCAUCAGGCCAAAGCCACGGGCCAGCCGGGCGCCGAUGAACACCCGUGCCUUGCCACCACUACCGAUGACUCGCCACACCACCACCACCAUCUCGCUCUACACCACAUGGAGCAGUGGACGAGCCCGGCCGGUGGGAACUCCGCGGUGUCGAUACCAGUGGCCGGAGGGGCCCAGGCGAUAUGGUCGGACUGCGGGCUGCAGAGGGUACCGGACGUCGUGCACCAGGAGCUCAGCCCGUACAUAACGACGCCAACGACGCCGGCCGAUCCCGCCGACGACUCGUCCGAGCACCGCACCCCCGAGACACCUGCCUCGGUCUUCAACUUCGACUGGCCUGGCGAGCAGCAUGUGCCCAACUUACGCGUCCUCACCUUUCGCAACAGUAGCUCGUCGGGCCUCGUCUCGCCCGGGGCCGGUUACCUAGAGCCGAGGCGGCCGGCCUUGCAGGAGGUCCAGCCCAUAACGCUGCAGCUGCCGAGGAAGAAGAAUUUCCACGCCGAGGCGAGCGGCCAUCGGGACUAUGCCAAGUGA